AUGAAGUCUGCUGCUCUCUUUGCCGGUCUCGCCUCCAUGGCCAGCGUUGCCACCGCUACUGUAGCUGGCUUCGACAUCUCCCACUACCAACCCACCGUUGACUUCAAGAAAGCCUACGCCGACGGUGCACGAUUCGUCAUUAUCAAGGCCACCGAAGGAACCACCUACAUCGACCCCAGCUUCAGCUCCCACUACACAGGCGCAACGCAAGCCGGCCUCAUCCGCGGCGGCUACCACUUCGCGCACCCCGGAUCCGGCACCGGCGCCGCCCAGGCAAACUACUUCCUCGCCCACGGCGGUGGCUGGUCCAAGGACGGCAUCACCCUCCCCGGCAUGAUUGACCUCGAGUACAACCCCAGCGGGAGCACCUGCUACGGGCUCUCGGCCAGCGCAAUGGUCAGCUGGAUCUCCGACUUUGUCGAGACGUACCACUCCAAGACGGGCGUGUACCCUCUGAUUUACACGUCGACCAGCUGGUGGAACCAGUGUACCGGUAGUAGUACUGCUUUUGGCAGCAAGUGUCCUCUUGUCGUUGCGCGGUAUGCCAGCUCGGUUGGUGCUUUGCCUGCUGGUUGGAGCUUUCACACGAUUUGGCAGAACAGCGAUAAGUCUCCUUGGGGUGGGGAUAAUGAUAUCUUUAAUGGCAGCAUUGAUCAGCUGAAGCGUAUUGCGAAUGCUUCUUAA